GCUACCACUACAAACGCAAGUAGCGGCGGCGGUAAAUCUACAGCUAGGUGGGUUGAAGGAGCUCCAACGCAAUGUUUCAAUUGUCAAACAACAACCACUCCUCUUUGGCGACGUGACGAAAACGGUAACACAAUAUGUAAUGCGUGCGGUCUAUAUUACAAGCUGCAUAAUAUGCACAGACCGAUAUCUAUGAAACGAAACGUUAUCAAACGACGAAAACGA